AUGUCUCAGCAGGAGCAUCAAAAACCCAAAAACCCUCCACCAAUACCAAGGCCAAAGCCGAUUCGCUCCCUCAGUCCUGUACCGGUUGAAACGGUUAUGGAUUUUCAGGACAUCGAGGAAUUACUGAAGUGGUGUAAAGCCUUAGAUGUCAAUACCGACAACUGUGCCUGUCUAGAGAAGUAUCGAGCGCGACUUCUUCAACACAUCAAAGAACGGUACCGUGUUCCUCCAGCUGCACCAGCGCCCAUUGAAAUUGCUCUCUCUGAUUCUGUACUCAAAAAGUUCUUGGAUAGGACACAAGCGUUCAAAGAGUUAAGCGAAAAAACAGAAAAGUUUUCUUGUGAUCCCGAAGUUUUAAAGUGGUUUGGCAAUCUCAACUUUACAAAAGACCCAUUUUGGCUAAAGAAAGAAGAUUAUGAAACAGAUAGAGAGUGUUGCGGGAAAAAGCCAAUGAUACUUGUCUCAGGUAGUACGUCUUCUGGAAAAAGCACUCUGUCCAAUGUUUUACUUGGAGAAUUCAUCCUUCCAACAGAUUACAACGCCGCUACCUCCGUUCUAUGUAUCAUUAAAUAUGGUAAGAAAAAAGAAGCCACUAUUCGAUAUCAAGAACAAGAGGAGGAAACAGUUGAUCUCACCACUACCAAAGGGCGGCAAAAACUUGCCACAGCUCUGGGCCGUAAACAUACAAAACUCAACAGUGGCCAACAGCAAAUACCAUCUUGUUCCAGCGAUAAAUUAGGGACAAGCAGCCGAGAUAGAAAUGACCAAUGUUCACAAGUUACAAUAUCCUGGCCCAGUGACUUUUUAAAGUGUUUUACAUUGAUUGACAGUCCUGGAGUGACAGAAGACGAACCAGAAAACUGUGUUGCAAGACAGAUUACUGAACUAUGUCAACAACGUGGUGCUUGUGGCUUCAUCUACGUACUGAAUGGAAGUUUACCUGCAGAAGAAGCAGCACAGGUUGGUGGUUUACUGGCAGCAUAUCUGAAAGGAGUUGAAGAUUUUCUUCUGCUUGACUCGACAAUAUUCGUUAUAAACAAGUGGGACAUGGUUCCUAAAGAAAGCAAUGAUAUCUACUUAGAUCUUGUAGCCAAUGGGAUUAAGAAACGCUGGCCAGGAUUUCAGAGACAUCAAUUGCUAACGAUGAACUCAAAACAAGCUGCUCUGUUUCAGCAGUUUGGCAGAAUAAAUCCUGAUUUGAAACACCUCUGCUGUUUGAUCAAGACAAUGGUUCCAAGAGCAUUAGAAAACAGAACAAACAAAUCACUAAAGCAUGUCAAAUAUAUAGAAAAAAUUCGUUCUGUAGACUAA